AGUUCAGUGCUGUUCGACGUAAACAAAACUGUUGGUUGGCAAACCACUAUGUAAAACUUGACCUAGUUUAGCCGAAAUAUCAAGAAGGAAGGGCUCAUUCAACAGUUAUACUGUUUGAUGUUCCAUGUUUGCAACAAGGUGAGUGAUUUCAAGGUCAACCAUGAGACUCCACUUCACUCUUCUGGUCUGCCUGGCAGCAGCUCUGUCCUCUGCUGUUGUUACUUCACCAAUCAAUUUAUGGACCAAACUGAUCCUGACACAGCAGUGGCCCAAAACCUUCUGUUCUAGUGAGCCUUGCCAGCUCAACGUUAGUUACUGGACCCUACAUGGACUGUGGCCUGAUAAAGGGGAAUUCUGUAAUUCUUCCUGGCAUUUCAACUCUACUGAAAUUGAGGAUCUGAUCCCAGACUUGAAGAAGGUUUGGCCAGACCUGCUUAAUCCUUCUUCUUUUCACUUCUGGAAGUACGAGUGGUCUAAACAUGGAACAUGUGCAGCAGAAGCUGCUUCGCUGAAUAGUCAACACAAGUAUUUCAGCAAGGCACUGGAAUUUUACCAGAAGGUGGAUUUGAACAGCAUGCUGCAGAAGGCUAACAUUAUCCCUUCUGACAAAUACUACACUUUUUCAGAUAUUGAGCAAGCGAUGGAAAAUUUCUAUGGCGUGAAACCUAAGAUCCAAUGUUUGCAUCCAUCAAUGAACUCUGAGUUCCAGACUUUGGGACAGAUUGAGAUCUGUUUUGAUGCUGACUUCGCUCUGCAAGACUGUGAGAAACAUUUUGCCACUAAUACUCUUUCAAGAGGACAGUGGGACCAAAACAAAUCAUCUGGACUCAGCGUGUGUUCUCCUGACAUACCAGUUUAUUACCCUCCUACUUCUUAAAUACAAACAUAUUCAAAGUGGGGAACUAGGCCUGUCACGAUAACAAAUUUUGCUGAGCGAAUUUUGCUAAUUGU